UUUUAAUACGGUCUUCUGACAGAUUUCGUACUUUCUACGCAAAAAAAAACAAAGAGCUUUUUUCUUGUCUUACAGUUUCAUAAAGACGGGAUAAAAAUAGGUUUCUAUUUAAGCCACUCUGCCAGUAAAAGUUUGGUCUCCAUUGUCUCGUUAUGCAAACCAUUGAUCCUCAUUGUUUCUUUGGAAAGUCUAUCAAGGCCAAGGGAAACAUAUUAUCUGUCACAUGUUUUAUCUGCUUUUACGGACAAUGGUGGGUAUUUUUUCCCCAUUUUUUUUCUACUCUUUCAUUUUUUAUUUAGUACAUAUAUAUUUCAUCCCCUUAAUAUGCUUAUUCUUUUAGCACUCUUAGUUUUUAUUUUAACGAUAUGCUGGUACUUCCGUAAACACAUUAGGGAAGGCAUGUCAACAUUAGCAGACAAGACCAAUCGUUUGUUUGGUUAUCAUUUAUUGCCGACUCAUGCCGGCUCAUUCGAAACAGACAUUGAAGAUGGUUUAACUAGCUCUCAAUUUGACUUGACAGCGAACCUUAAUGAAGAGGAUAGUAGAGCUGGUUUAAAGGAUAAGGAAGAAAUUAUGAGAAUUAUGAAGAAACAAAAUGUUUCCUUCGACGAAGCUCGUUUAAUCCGUCAACAAAAAAUAUUAAAAAAGAAUAAUAUUGAUCCUAUCACUGGCUUGCCUCUGGACCCAAAGUUUGUCCAAUUCUAAUUUUUUUAACCAAAAAUAAAAUAAUUCAUACUCCCUUCUCAAAAAG